AUGUUCAUCCUUUCCUUCCCUGUGAUUGAUCAGCAGAGCUCUGCCCCUGGAGUGUGCUCACAGGCAGGAUGUUUUCUGAGCUGGUUUAACAAACCCCAGCAAAGCCAAGGGGCUGAAGAGGAUUUUGUGUGUUCAGGUUACAGAACUGCCAGUGUCAUCAUCGCCCUGACAGAUGGGGAGCUCCACGAGGAUCUAUUUUUCUACUCCGAGAGGGAGGCGAAUCGCUCGCGGGACCUGGGGGCCACCGUGUAUUGUGUGGGGGUCAAGGACUUCAACGAGACCCAGCUGGCCAGGAUUGCUGACAGCAGAGAUCACGUUUUCCCAGUCAACGAUGGCUUUGAAGCCCUGCAGGGGAUCAUCGACUCCAUUUUGAAGAAGUCCUGUAUAGAAAUCCUGGCAGCAGAACCUUCCAGUAUCUGUGCAGGGGAGUCCUUCCAGGUGGUGGUGAGGGGAAAUGGAUUUCGGCACGCCCGCAACGUGGACAGGGUGCUCUGCAGCUUCAGGAUCAACGACACCGUCACCCUCAAUGAGAAGCCUUUCGUGGUGGAGGACACCUACCUGCUGUGCCCGGCGCCCGUGCUGAGAGAAGUCGGCAUGGAAGCAGCUCUUCAAGUCAGCAUGAACGAUGGGCUGAGCUUCAUCUCCAGCUCUGUCAUCAUCUCCAGCACGCACUGUUCCGACGGGACCAUCCUGGCCAUCGCCCUGCUCAUCCUCUUCCUCCUGCUGGCCUUGGCUCUGCUCUGGUGGUUCUGGCCCCUCUGCUGCACCGUGAUCAUCAAGGAGCCUCCCCCACCUCCUGCAGAAGACAGCGAGGAGGAAGAUGAUGAUGGGCUGCCAAAGAAGAAGUGGCCAACAGUGGAUGCCUCUUACUACGGCGGGCGAGGAGUGGGCGGCAUCAAACGGAUGGAGGUGCGCUGGGGAGAAAAGGGCUCCACCGAGGAAGGUGCCAAGCUGGAGAAGGCCAAGAACGCCAGGGUGAAGAUGCCAGAGCAGGAAUACGAAUUCCCCGAGCCCAGGAACCUCGGGAGCAGCAUGCGCCGGCCCUCGUCCCCUCGCAAGUGGUACUCCCCCAUCAAGGGGAAGCUGGACGCCCUCUGGGUGCUGCUGCGAAAGGGCUACGACCGCGUGUCCGUGAUGCGUCCCCAGCCAGGAGACAAGGUACCCCCAGAGCAAAGCACCCCCUCCAAGUACCCUUCCCUGGGCACUGAGGGUGGGCAGAGCCCAGAAGCAGCACAGGAUUGGUUUGGGAGCAGUUCAGAAAUAGCACAAGGUUGUUUUUGGAGCAGCUGGGGGGGUUUGGCUGCUGUGGUUUCAGGGCUGAGCUCUGCAGGUGCCUGCACACCCCGGGGUCUCUCCCAGUGCUCCCAGUGUUCCCAGUGCACUGGGGAUAAGAGGGGUUUGGGGAGUCCUCAUGGGCAUUGCUGGGGUUCCACACAGCUCCUUUGCAGCAGGCUGCAGAAUCCCCAGUGCUGAGCCUGGGCUGUCCGAGGUGUCCGGGACAGCUCUGGAUUUGGUCCUGGAUUUGGGAAGCAGAGCUGGAGGAGCCCUGGCAGCAAAACCCGCUCAGAGCUGCUGCUGGCAGCCCCAGGCCCUGUUGUGGGGGCUUUGGGAGCUCCAGCCCUGCUGGGCAGAGGCUCCAGGGCAGCUUUUCCCUGACUGCCCAAUUCAUCCCUGUGCUGUAGGGGACCAGGUCACCCAGCCCAGGGGCUCCCAGGAGCUCUGGGCUCUGCUCUGUGUCCCUGGCAGGCCCCCAGGGCAGCUCCAGAGCCAUCCCAGAGCUGAUCUGCAGCCCUGACACGCUGCCAGCCACAGGCACACCCUGGCAAUGAGAGACCCAGGGCUCAGCAGAGCAUCCCACAGCAACCAGCAGAGCCCCCAGACCAAACACAGUUCCUCCUCGGGCUGGAGAAAUACUCAAAGCCGUGCAGGCAACACGUGUGGGUGGUCAAGAGGAGCUUGGUGAGCACGCAGGAGCCUCUGACCGUGGGAUAAUCCUGAGAGCUGCAAGGAGGAGCUGCUUUGAUAGCAGUUUGUACCUCCUUCUCCUUCCUGGAGAAAGGGCAGCAGGUUUCAGACUCAGUGCCUUAAUUCACCCUCUGAUCAAGAUAAAAAAGUGAAGCCAGAUGAAAAAUAACUGAAGGGCAGAUCUGUUUGCUUUGGAGCCUGGGAAGGAGCUGGGCUGAGUCCCAGGGUUACAUCAUUUUCAUAGACAAGCAAUCCCUUACUCCAGCCAGUGACUUUAUCCCCUCCAGCACACGAGCUGGGCUGCUCAGAAGAUUCCUUGCACUGAACAAAGCCCUGGGCUGAGGAAUUGCUGCUGUUUAUCUGCUGCAGCCCACGCAGCUGCCCAGGAAAGGUGUGCCCUGUGCUCACCACCAGAGCCAGGGCUGCUGGCAGGGGGAAGGUGGCCCUGCAGAUUCCAGAGCCUCGCUCAGGAGCCCUUUCCCUUUGCUCAGGCAGAUGUUUCUCCACAUCCACGGCUGGCAGAGCUCUUGGAGAGGUCUCUGGACAUCUCUGGAUCCCUCCCAUCCCUGUCAAAUCCUUCCAGAACCUUCCUUUUCCUGGGUCCUGCCUGCAGAGCGUUUGUGCCCAGGCUGGGGACAGCAGGGAGGAGAGGCAGGGGAUUAAAAACAUUACCCCAACAAAUCUGCUCCAGCCCAGGGGGGGCUCAGAGCUCCAUCUGGCAAUCUUUCACCAGGAGAAACAUUUACUUUGGGAGAGGAAAGAGUAAAACAGAAAAUAAGCAGCGAUCCAAAAAUGAAGAAUGGAUUCAGAAAUCCUCUAGCGCCUUUUUUGGAUGAUUUCAUAUCUAAAGGAAUGAAUCCAUAAUACAGUAGUGCUGAUUCUGACAUUUGAGUAUUUACAGUGGGAUCUUUUGCAGGUGGAACUUGUGAGAAAAAAUAAAAUCAAAUAAUAGCUCAGAGGGCAAAGGUUUUGUUUAAAACUUUACAACAAACUGUAGCUUAGCACCAAAGAGCAGGAAAAGCAGUUUAUUGGCUUCUGACGAGUCCAGGGACAUCAAGACAUCCCAAUGAGGCAUUUCAGGAAAAAUUCUGAGCAGGAAAAUGUCUUAUUUAAACAAAGCUUCCCUUUUGCCUGGUAAAUGGUUGGAGUGGGACACAAAAGGCAGGUGUUUGAGGGAGAGAGAGGCUCCAAAGCCCGGAGUUUGUGCUGCUGGUGGUUUGAGGCUGAGGAGGGAAGGGGCAGGAGCCGAGGUUUGUGCUGCAGGGAUGAGGGUGGGGAUGGAAAUCCUGGGCUCACGGUGUGGUGUGGCCUGGCACGGGAGCCCUGGGGAGCCCUGGGUGCUCCAUGGCUGGGAGUGUGCCAGGAUGGACACUGGGACACUGGGGAUGGACACCGGGGAUGGACAUUGGGGAUGGACACUG